UGGAGAAUUUUUUCAAACAACUCAAAACCGCGUAAACACGUUAACGAGAGAAAAAAAAUUAAUUUAUCGUAGAUUAAAUUAACUAUUAAUGUAUUUUUCAAUGCUGUCAUCUUUUAUCAACUGAUAAUCAAUGUAAAAAUAAUUUUGAUUAAUUUAAUUAUUUUUUUUUAUCAUAAAAAAAUAAAAAUUAAUUUCUUUGGGAUUAUAACCUAUACUAUUUAAUUAAAUGAUUUGAUGGCUUUUUCACAACCUAAUUCACGAGAAUUACAAAAUAGAAAAAUAUUGGAAGAAUUGCAGUUAAAAAAACAGAUGUUAUUAAAGCAAGGUGUUGCACCAACACUCGGUACAUCCUUAAAUACACCGCCGACGUCAUCAGCAUCUAAUGUAGCAACACCAACAAAUGAUGGAGUAACAAUGAAUGCAAGUCAACGUGCAGCGCUACAUAAUGCUCAUGCUGCAUCAUUUGGUUACUUUGUAACACAAGAUUCAUCAUUUGGAAAUUUAAUACUUCCCGUAUUACCACGAUUUGAUACAAAUAAUAAAAUAUAAAUAACUAAUAUGGCGUCAAUGCGUUUGAAAGAAUUGGAACAAUAUUUACAACAAUUAGAUGGAUUUGAAAGUCCUAAAGUACAUUUAGAACAAUACUCAACAAGUGCUCAUAUUGGCGCACACUUACUCUAUACUGCCCAAACACAAUUUAAUGACAUUGAAGGUAAAUCUGUAGCUGAUUUAGGUACGGGUUGUGGUGUGUUAUCUCUUGGAGCACGAAUGCUUGGUGCUGAUUACGUCGUUGGUUUUGAAAUAGACACAGACGCUCUUGAAAUUUUAUCAAGAAAUUGUCAGGACAUUGAAUUAUCAGUUGAAGCUGUGCAGUGUGAUAUUCUUAAGUAUUUACCAGGGAAAUUUGAAAAAGCAUUCGAUACAGUAAUAAUGAAUCCUCCAUUUGGUACUAAAAAUAACGCUGGAAUAGAUAUGGAAUUUUUGGAAAUAGCUACGAAAUUAUCACUAAACACAGUGUAUUCAUUGCACAAGACGUCAACAAGAAAGUAUAUUUUAAAAAAAGCUAAAGAAUUUAAUUGUGAGGCAAAAGUUGUUGCUGAACUGAGAUACGAUUUACCUCAAGCAUAUAAGUUUCAUAAAAAAAGUUCUGUUGAUAUACAAGUAGAUUUUAUACGUUUUUCUAUAAACUCAUAACAAAUAAUAAUAUUGUUAUUUUAUAUUGUAUUAUUCAAAUUUAA